CCUCUCUCGGCCCGGCCAUCUUGUGGGAAGAGCUGAAGCAGGCGCUCUUGGCUCGGCGCGGCCCGCUGCAAUCCGUGGAGGAACGCGCCGCCGAGCCACCAUCAUGCCUGGGCACUUACAGGAAGGCUUCGGCUGCGUGGUCACCAACCGAUUCGACCAGUUAUUUGACGACGAAUCGGACCCCUUUGAGGUGUUGAAGGCAGCAGAGAAUAAGAAAAAAGAAGCCGGCGGGGGCGGCGUUGGGGGCCCUGGGGCCAAGAGCGCAGCUCAGGCCGCAGCCCAGACCAACUCCAACGCGGCAGGCAAACAGCUGCGUAAAGAGUCCCAGAAAGACCGCAAGAACCCGCUGCCCCCCAACGUUGGCGUGGUUGACAAGAAAGAGGAGACGCAGCCGCCCGUGGCGCUUAAGAAAGAAGGAAUAAGACGUGUUGGAAGAAGACCUGAUCAACAGCUGCAAGGUGAAGGGAAAAUAAUUGAUAGGAGACCAGAAAGGCGACCACCUCGUGAACGACGAUUUGAAAAGCCACUUGAAGAAAAGGGUGAAGGAGGAGAAUUUUCAGUUGAUAGACCGAUUAUUGAUCGGCCCAUCCGAGGCCGUGGUGGUCUUGGAAGAGGUCGAGGAGGCCGUGGACGUGGAAUGGGCCGAGGAGAUGGAUUUGAUUCUCGUGGCAAACGUGAAUUUGAUAGGCAUAGUGGAAGUGAUAGAUCUUCUUUUUCACAUUACAGUGGCCUGAAGCAUGAGGAUAAACGUGGAGGUAGCGGAUCUCACAACUGGGGAACUGUCAAAGAUGAAUUAACAGAGUCCCCAAAAUACAUUCAGAAACAAAUAUCUUAUAAUUGCAGUGACUUGGAUCAAUCUAAUGUGACUGAGGAAACACCUGAAGGUGAAGAGCACCCAGUUGCAGACACUGAAAAUAAGGAGAACGAAGUUGAAGAAGUAAAGGAAGAGGGUCCAAAAGAAAUGACUUUGGAUGAGUGGAAAGCUAUUCAAAAUAAGGACCGGGCAAAAGUAGAAUUUAAUAUCCGAAAACCAAAUGAAGGUGCUGAUGGGCAAUGGAAGAAGGGAUUUGUUCUUCAUAAGUCAAAGAGUGAAGAGGCUCAUGCUGAAGAUUCAGUUAUGGACCAUCAUUUCCGGAAGCCAGCAAAUGAUAUAACGUCUCAGCUGGAGAUCAAUUUUGGAGACCUUGGCCGCCCAGGACGUGGUGGCAGGGGAGGACGAGGUGGCCGUGGGCGUGGUGGACGUCCAAACCGUGGCAGCAGAACUGACAAGUCAAGUGCUUCUGCUCCUGAUGUAGAUGACCCUGAGGCAUUCCCAGCUCUGGCGUAACUGGAUGCCAUAAGACAACCCUGGUUCCUUUGUGGACCCUCCCAUCUGAGGUUUUGCAUGCUUAAGGAUCCCAAACGACUUAAGAAUUUAAAAAAAAAAAAAAAAAAAAAGACUGUCAUUCAUACCAUUCACACCUAAAGACUGAAUUUUAUCUGUUUUGAAAAUGAACUUCUCUCGCUACACAGAAGUAACAAUAUGGUAGUCAGUUUUGUAUUUAGAAAUGUAUUGGUAGCAGGGAUGUUUUCAUAAUUUUCAGAGAUUAUGCAUUCUUCAUGAAUACUUUUGUAUUGCUGCUUGCAAAUAUGCAUUUCCAAACUUGAAAUAUAGGUGUGAACAGUGUGUACCAGUUUAAAGCUUUCACUUCAUUUGUGUUUUUUAAUUAAGGAUUUAGAUGUUCUCCCAAUUACAAACUGGUUUUAAAUAUUGGACAUAAUAUCAGUUUUAAUACCUGCUUUGCAUUUUCACACAUGGUCAGCUGGGUCAUGUAAACUUUGAUUUGUCAAAUUUUAUGCUGUGUGGAAUACUAAUACUACUUUAUGUAUUUUAACUUAGUUUUAAUAUUUUCAUUUCUGGGGAAAAUCUUUUUUCACUUCUCAUGAUAGCUGUUAUAUAUGCUAAAUCUUUAUAUACAGAAAUAUCAGUACUUGAACAAAUUCAAAGCACAUUGGUUUAUUAACCCUUGCUCCUGCAUGGUUCAUUAGGUUCAAAUUUAUAAUUGACACGAUUUCAAGUAUAUUUACUUCUACAAUGUGUGGCUUUCCCAUUUAAAAAACCAGACUAGACACCUUAUUGGUGGAAGUUUAAGCUACUUAUUGUUGAUACACAUUCUACCAAGUGAAGUAGUUUCAUGGGGGUUGGGUUUUUUCCCCCUCCAAAGGGUGGGUGGAACAAGUUGAUUUGGCUACUGCAUAAUAUUUAAACUGUUAUAUAAAAUAAGCAUCUAGCCACUUAGUAUGAUAUAUGUGUAUGGAAGGUCCCAAAUCAAAAUUGUUCUUCCAUAAUCAACAACCCUUUAACCCUUCCUUUUUCUAAAGAAACCAAAGGGCACUGGUUUGUAUGGUAAGAUGGGGGAGUAUGUUAAUUUUUGGAAUUUGGAAAGCAGACAGCUUUACUUUAUAAGGUUGGAACAGCAGCACCGUCCAUGAAAUAUAAACCAAAAAUCUUA